CGCCGGCAUGCGCUCUCACCUCAGUCGCGUCGUCUUUCGCAAACUGCUGGCCAGCGAACCCAUAGCACACCGCGGUUGUCUUCGUCCGUACCAACACAUAUCGUCAUGUCCGCCUCACAUCCAAGCUCUCCCGAGGGCCCAACGCCGCUCCUUCAUGAACAUCUUCAAGAAACCACAGCGUGUGACUUCAGAACCGAGGAUGGCCCCCGGCCUGGAAAAGAUGAUGGAAUACUCCAAAAUGGAAAGACUCAGUGCCAGGCUGCCACCACCCAACGACGUCCUUAAAGCCGUCACCGACUAUCUAUUCUCGAAAUGGGAUAAGACUACCGGCAACAAAGACAUCCCCGACGUCCAGGCCCAACAUCUUCUUCGUUGUCUGAAAUACCUGAAUCAACACCCUGGUCUGUCAACCCUUGAACCCGACAUGCUCCGCCGAUGGAUAUUAGUGUUCGACCAUCGCUUUCAUAAAAAUUCUGCCAUCCAUCGAGAGAUCAUCGAUCUUCUAUACUGUGCACUCUGUCAGAACAGAUCGCAACAAGGCAAGCUCUUGCGGCCAAUAGAGUUCACGAGUUAUGUCAGAGCCAUGUGUGCUACAGGAGGCACAGUGUCAGCUAGGGAAGAAGCCAUAAAAUACAGCGAGACGCACGCCGACAGGGUAGAAGGCUACAGGCCCUUAUUCGUGUGGGAAUUCAUCAUCAAGGGCUUCGCGAGAGAAGCAAAUGAACAGGAGCUUCUUCGUACGUUUGAACACAUGAAAAAGUAUGUCGCCGAAGGGUCUAGACAGUCUGCCGUUGAAGUGGUAGCAAGGUUCUAUCUCAACGAAGGAAACAUUGAGAAAGCAACCGAAUGGUACAACAGAACCAAGGAACAUGUUGUCGAUCAGGGAGGGUUCCAGCGUUUGCAAAGGAGACUGCUUGAUCUGAGCAUGCAUACAUCGAACGCGAAGCUUGGGCAGCUCAUCAUUCGAGACAUAACAGCAGGAACACCAACAAAAUAUCAGUGGGAUAUGAUAUUGGAAUGGGCUGCAGCGACAGGAAAGGGAGCUGACGAAAUCGACCGCAUGAUUGGUGUUAUGGAACGGGCUAACCAAUCCCUUGCCGAAGAGGAAAGGCGACUCCCCGACACAUCGACCUUGAACAGAUUAGUCAAGGUAGCUGUUGAUCGCAAGGAUCCAUAUCUCGCUGAACGCCUCAUUGCCGUAGGCCGGACAAGGAACAUUCAUCCGGAUGCACUGACACUCAUCUACCAAAUGCAGUACCGUCUCGCUGUCAAGGACGUAGAUGGUGCUUUGACUGUGUACAAGCACUUGCAAUCCCAUGACCUUUCGAAGAAUGAAGACAUUCCUGUUGUCAAUGAGCUCAUUCGGACUAUGUGCGCAUCUGGACGACAGGACUUCGACAGCAUCAUGAACGUGGCAGCUGAUCUGUCAGAUCGACAGGCAUCUUUCGAUCCUGAGACCGUGUCCGCAUUGUCGGUGUUGCAUCUUUCUCGUGACGAGGUACACGACGUAAUUGAUCUCAUUAACACUCACGUCUACAGCUUUGACAUGGCUGGACGUGCAUCUGUACAGAGCACCCUGAUCGAUUACUGUCUCAGGCCUUCGACAACGACAGCUCAGGCAUGGGAUACCUACAUCAUCUUGAAGCAGGUCUUCGACGACACUACUCGGGAGCAACGUGUCAAAAUCAUGAACGAUUUCUUCAGACGCCAGCGUCCAGAUAUGGCAGUGCACGUCUUUAACCACAUGCGAGCACACACUCGUCAGGAUACCAUCCCUACGGUCGAUACGUAUGUGGCAUGUCUGUCCGGAAUUGGUAAAUUGAAGGACGAAGAAAGCCUCGAAGUCGUCUACAAUCAGCUCAAACUGGACUUCAACAUCGAACCGAACACACUUCUCUAUAAUGCUUUGAUGAAAGCAUACACGAGUUGCGAGGCUCCCAGAACAGCAUUGGGCUUCUGGGACGACAUUGCAACAAGUCUUGAGGGCCCCAAUAUCAACAGCAUUCACCUUGUAAUGAGAGCAUGCGAAGACGCGCCAUGGGGCGACGAAAAGGCACGCAAGAUAUGGAUAAAGCUAAGCCGCACUGGCAUCGAGCUCGAUCAAGAUCUUUGGGCCAGCUAUGCCGCAGCUUUGAUAGGCAACGGACACGUAGACAACGCUAUCAGUUCGUUAGAAGAAGCACAUGUCAAACAAGGACUCGACAUGGAUACUCUUGNNAUCGGAUCGCUGUAUAAUGCUGCUCCAGGGCAAGUCAAGAAGGGUGUGGUAGAGGCUUGGGCAAAGGAGAGAUAUCCAGAGAUCUGGGCCGCAUUGGAAGAUAUAGGCACACGCGUCUCAGAGCAGACCCAGCUCCCAGAGUUCAAGAUCAAGCCA